CACACUACCCUGAGUCCUUGACACACUCUCGUUUCCAAAUUGUAACAGCUGAAAUUCCCCAGUUUCCAGAAGCCUCGUCCGAGAGAUAUAAAAACCUCAACUGUGUUUAACAUCUGCCCCCUUCCAACACACACACACACACACACACAACCUCACUUAUACAUACAAAUUACAAGCACAGACACACAGCAACACUAAACAAACCAUUGUUUUAUCUCUUUUUUCUUGACAAAAAUUCGUUGUUUUAAUUCUCUGAUAAGUACUCUCUUGUUGGUUUAAGCUUAAUUUGUGUUGGGUUGUGUUAAAUUUAAAGUUCGAAUUUUUAAGUUAGAAAUUGAGGGUUGAAAAGAGAGAUGGAGAGGAUUGAGAAGAAGAAAGUAGCAGUGCCAUUGGUUUGCCAUGGGCAUUCUCGACCAGUUGUUGAUUUGUUUUAUAGUCCAGUCACUAAAGAUGGCUACUUUCUUAUCAGUGCCAGCAAGGAUUCCAAGCCAAUGCUCAGAAAUGGGGAAGCUGGGGACUGGAUUGGAACGUUCGAAGGGCAUAAAGGUGCAGUUUGGAGUUGCUGCUUGGACACAAAUGCUUUGCGUGCAGCGUCUGGUUCCGCUGACUUCACAGCAAAAAUUUGGGAUGCAUUAACUGGAGAGGUAAUUCGCUCUUUUGAGCACAAGCACAUUGUUCGUGCCUGCGCUUUUUCGGAGGAUACUCAGUUUCUACUUACUGGAGGAGUUGAAAAGCUUCUUCGUAUUUAUGACUUGAAUCGCCCUGAUGCACCUCCUAGAGAAUUGGACAAGUCUCCUGGAUCUGUCAGAACUGCUACUUGGCUUCACAGUGAUCAAACAAUAUUAAGCUCUUGUACUGAUAUGGGAGGAGUCAGGUUGUGGGACAUAAGAACUGGGAAUAUAGUUCGUACUCUGGAGACUAAAUCUCCCGUGACUAGUACUGAAGUAAGCCAAGAUGGUCGUUAUAUAACAACAGCUGAUGGAUUCAGUGUCAAGUUUUGGGAUUCGAAUUAUUUUGGAUUGGUCAGGAAUUAUAACAUGCCGUGUACCAUUGAAUCUGCUUCAUUGGAACCCAAGUACGGAGCCAAGUUUGUCGCUGGUGGAGAGGACAUGUGGAUUCAUAUAUUUGAUUUUUACACUGGUGAAGAAAUUGCAUGUAACAAGGGUCACCAUGGGCCAGUUCACUGUGUCAGAUUUUCACCAGAAGGAGAUUCGUAUGCCUCUGGAUCCGAGGAUGGAACUAUCAGAAUAUGGCAAACAGGAUCGUUAACUCGCGAAGAAAACGAUGUAGUCAAAACAAAUAGCUCAACGGGGAAGGUGAGGGCUACAGUAGAAGCGAUUCGCCGCAAGGUUGAGGGAUUUAAAAUUUCAGAUGAAGGAAAAACUAAAGAUGAGGAAGUCAUAGGGAAAAACAAAGAUAAGGAAGUCAUAGGGAAAAACAAAGAUAAGGAAGUAGCUUAAGUAGUUUGCUUUUCUUGUGAAGUUUACUGGAACAGAGUUCAGUUUCCUUUUUAUCUUUUAGAUUUAUGGGGAUGCUUGACCAUGAUGUUGUGUUCUCGGGGCACUGGGUACCGUAGAUCCAUCAUUUAGAUUUGUCAUUUCAUCUCUUUCUCUGGAUAUAAUCAUAUAAGUGUCAUCUUUCUUGAACUAAUAUAUAUCAACAUGAAUUAGGAAAUUUUGGGUGA